AGUGACGUCACGUAGAGCUCAAAGGUCGGAAGAACCCGGAACAUCAACAAAGCAAACAAAGAGAGCAGGUGUUAAAUUCAUAGAUGUUUUUUUAUUUAUUUUUACCCGGUUUAGUUCUGUGUUUAACCCGGUUUAAGUCUCCGGUACCACCGACAUGUUCUCCGUUUCCCCGCCCAGGAGCAGGCUGUUGUUAGCGGCUCUCAGCCUGCUGGUGACCCGGCUCUCCUGCUCCUCUCUGUCGGUCUCAGACAUCCCGCACAUCGCCUCCUUUUUCGGGACUAAAACCCGGUACGAGGAGGUGAACCCGCACCUGCUGCGGGACAUCUCCUCCGUGAACACAUCCGUGUUAAAGCCCCCACCCACCGAGGGCUGCACCCCGGUACACCUCACCGCCGUCAUCAGGCACGGAAGCCGGUUCCCCACCGCGAAGAACAUCCGGCGGAUCCAGAGACUGAGCGAGCUGGUCCGGACCGAAGCUUCCCGAAACUCCGCGGACUGGCUGCAGGAGAUCCAGGGCCGCUGGGAGAUGUGGUACACCGAGGACAUGGACGGUGAGACCGGGGGACUGAAGGGGGACUGA